AUGUCGAGCGGCAAGACUUUCAAGUUGAACAACGGCGUGACCGUCCCAGCAGUGGGAUUUGGCACGUUCGCCAACGAGGGCGCAAAGGGCGAGACAUACAAAGCUGUGACACACGCGCUCAAGACCGGCUACCGACACCUGGAUUGCGCAUGGUUCUACCAGAAUGAGGACGAAGUUGGUGAUGCAGUGCAAGAUUUCCUGAAGGAGAGCGGCCUGAAGCGCAGUGACAUUUUCAUCUGCACUAAAGUGUGGCAGCACCUGCACGAGCCGGAGGAGGUGAAGUGGUCGCUCCAGAGCUCCCUCGAGAAACUGAAUACCGAUUACGUCGACCUCCUCUUGGUACACUGGCCAAUUGCUGCAGUUUCGGAUGAGAAGCACAGGCCAAAGUUGAACGAGAAGGGCCAGUAUAUCAUCAAGGAGGAGCUCACAAAGAACCCACAGCCUACCUGGAGGGCGAUGGAGGAGAUACAUGAGUCCGGCAAGGCCAAGGCCAUCGGCGUAUCCAACUGGACCAUCCCAGGCCUUAAAGAUGUGCUGAGCUGGGCCAAGGUUAAGCCGGCGGUCAACCAGAUUGAGAUUCACCCAUUCCUUCCUAACGAGGAGCUCGUGCAGUUUUGCUUCCGAAGCGACAUUCUGCCAGAGGCAUACUCUCCUCUCGGCUCCCAGAACCAAAUCCCUACCACUGGCGAGAAGGUCAACACCAACCCAGUGCUCAACAAAAUCGCAGAGAAGGGCGGUAACACUCUCGCACAGGUGCUGAUCGCAUGGGGUAUCCGCCGCGGAUAUGUCGUGCUGCCAAAGAGCUCCACGCCUUCGCGUAUCGAGAGCAACUUCAAGAGCAUCGAGCUCACUGACGAGGAUUUCGAGGCCGUGAAUGAAGUCGCGAAGGGCCGCCACACUCGGUUCGUCAACAUGAAGGAUACGUUCGGCUACGAUGUCUGGCCAGAGGAGGCUUAG